AAUUAUGACGCAACUUUAAAAUGCAUAGUAACCGCGAACUGUUCAUUGAAUUUUAAUUAUAACGCCAUCUAUGAAUUCUUUAACGUACAAUUAUGAUGCAUGGUACAGUUUUAUUGAAAGUUGACAACUUUUUCUUAUGACAAUUAGGCGUGCAAGUUUAUACAUGUUCAUUUCUGGAAAAAUUUCGCGACUGAUCGGAUGAAAAUGUCUCGUCACGUACUCUCGACACAUGAAAUAGCCGAUGCCCUGGAGGAUUUCGAUGACGAUGAAGAUCUUCAGGGCCUUGAUAUUUAUAUCGAUCCGCCUUGUGAUGGUACCAUGUCGGAUGGCGAUUCAGGUGAAGAAGAUUGUGAUAGCAUAAAUCGAUUGAACCGUCAUCAAUUACUUGCUCCGGCGGAGAUGGUGUUACGACAACGUGAAGAACAUGAUGAAGAAAACAGAACUAUCGAUGAGGUAUUAGUCAGUCCUAGUACUAGUUCUCAAUACCUAGAAACCCUUACACCGGCAGCAGGACCCAGCUCAAACAGGUCACGACGUUCUCGUCAUGUUGAAACCCGGGCUGAUGGAACUUCUUCAGAACGUAGUCAGCAACGGCAGCGCAUCGUCAGGCCCCGCAAAUGGGUAAAGCGAGACCUUCGUUACCAACAAUGUGAGUGGUCACCUCCACUGCCACGAGCUGUUCUCACACUUACCAAAGAAAGUGAACCAAUAGAAUUCUUUUUUAGUGAAGAUGUUAUAAGGUAUAUAGUCAGACACACCGUAAUGUACGCUGUUGAAAAGCACAAUUAUAAUUUUUGUUUAUCAGGGUAUGAGUUGAGCUGUUUCAUAGGUAUAUUGCUCCUUAGCGGUUACGCGCCUUUACCGAGACGACGUAUGUAUUGGGAAACCAACGAGGAUACCCACAAUGUUUUAGUUGUGAAAUCGAUGCGGCGAAAUCGAUUUGAAGAAAUAUUUAGGUAUUUUCACGUUGCAGACAAUGGUAACCUACGUGCAGGUGAUAAAAUGGCCAAAAUUCGGCCAUUGUUCAACAUCAUGAACAAAAAGUUUCUAAUGUAUGCUCCCAUCGAAAAAAACUUGAGUAUCGAUGAAUCAAUGAUACCAUACUACGGGCGUCAUGGCUGUAAGCAGCACAUUCACGGCAAACCAAUCCGUUUCGGCUUCAAAGCAUGGGUAGCUGCGACUCGCUUAGGAUACUGCUUACAAGCUGAUUUAUACGAAGGAAGAUCUGAAGCGCGAGAAACAGGCCUAGGCGAACAUGUUGUUACCAAAUUGAUGAAUACGGUGAAGACCGAAUACCCUGAAACACUAUUUUCUGUGUAUUGUGACAACUUUUUUACCGCUCCUAGUUUACUUAGCUCUUUGCAAGAAAACAAUGUGAAAAUAACUGGAACUGCUCGCCAAAAUAGGAUAGACAAGUGUCCACUGAUAGAUGCUAAGUCUUGCAAAAAGCAGCCUAGAGGAUUUUAUGAUUAUAGGUUGGACACAAAUGACAACAUCUGUGCUGUACGAUGGAAUGACAACAGCGUGGUGACAUUGUUGUCUAAUGAAUUUGGAGUGCACCCUGUUCAAAAAGCACGUCGAUAUUCAGUUGCUGCUAAACAGAAAAUUGAUAUGGGUUUAAAGAGUUUUUAUUUCUCAUAAGAACAUAUACAAUGUGAUAGGGGCGAGACUUCUAACCCGUUAAGGCUGAGUUCUACACCUAAUUUAAUCGACAAAAGUCGGGGGUCGAAGUGGUCGAAUCCUCUCCCCCUAAAAGUUAUGGCUAUUUUAAUAUUUUUUUUACUUUUUUUAAUAUCAAAGGUUGUAUGCGUCGUAGAAACAAAAAAAAACGACAAACGGUACCUAAUAACCUUGGCUAACUAAUUCAUUACUUUUUUCAUAUGUAAGAUAAUGUUUUGGUGAGAAAAAAAUCAUUUGUGAAUUAUUUUUACCGAAAAAAUCACUAUUUUUCAAUAUUUUCAAUUAGGGGUUCAACCCCCAUAUUAUUAUUUUUGUCGAUAAAAUUAGAUGUAGUACUCAGCCUUAACGGGUUAGAAGUCCCACGCCUAUCACAUUGUAUACAUUGUUCACUUAAAAUGAGAUACAUAGUGUUCCUUAUUUUCUAUAACAAAAUAAUAUGACAAUAUCCUCUAGUGCGGUAAGAAGUUACAUUCGUUUUGUUUUAAUGAGAUUGAGAUUUACAAUGUUUGAACAUGUUCUUUAAGUUUAAUUUUGAAUGCUUUAAUGUUAUCGCAGUUUUUUAUGUCGUCCGGUAAUCUAUUGAACAGCUGUGCUCCCUCAAACAAAAGCGUUUUUUUUCCAUAAUUUGUUCGUGCCGUCUUUAGUUCUAGUUUGUAUUUGUUUCUUAAGUUGUGUGUGAUUUUUUUCUAUGUAACUGUAUGUUUGAUUGAAUGGCAUGACUGGUGAUGUUUUUUAUGAGAACACAUGUGCUAUAUGUGUAUAGUUGUGUUAGAUUGAGUAAUUUAGAUUUCUCAUACAGUGUUUUUGUUGGUGUAGAAUAUUUAUAAUGGAAUAGGGUUUUAAUGAGCUUGUUUUGGGUUCUUUGUAGUGGGUUUAGGUUAGUCUUAGCAGCUGAUCCCCAGAUCUCAAUUAGGUAUUCCAGAUGUGAUUUGACUAAUGAGUUGUAUAUGAUAUAGCGUAUCUUUUUCGGAAUACAACCUGCAGCUUUGUGUAUAGCACCCAGUACUGAUGCCACUUUUGUUUUGACAUGAUCGAUGUGAUUUUUCCAGGUGAGUUUAUCAUCUACCCACAGACCAAGAUAUUUUUCGUAGUUAGAGCGUUUUAUUACGUCAUUGUUGAUUGUGAGAGGUAAGUGUUCGGGUAUCGGUUUAUUUUUUGCGGCAAAUAUCAUAAAUGAAGUUUUUGUUGUGUUUAUUGUCAAUAGGUUAUAUUUUAGCCAUUCGCUGAGUAAGUCCAGGUCUUUCUGUGCUUUACUUAUAAUGUUGUGAAUGGACUUAUCGAAGUAGAAAAUACAUGUGUCAUCCGCAUACAAUGUUAGGUGUCCUGACAGUCCUAUUUGGUUAAUAUUGUUAAUAUAUAUUAAAAAUAAUAGCGGACUUAAAAUUGAUCCUUGAGGACAGCCGAAUGGCACGUGUUUAACUGAACUUGUGUAAUUACCUAUUUUCACGGCUUGUUUUCUAUUUUCUAAAUAAGAUGAGAGCAUUUUGAGGGCCCUGUCUAUGACACCUAUGUUAUUUAAUUUCUGUAACAGCUUGUGAUGGCUUAUAUUGAUCAGCCAAAUGUUGUUCAGCAAUACAACCGAUUUAUGGGUGGAGUAGACAGACUUGAUGCUAAUGUGGGCGUUUACCGGAUUGCCAUCAGAGGAAAAAAAUGGUAUAUGCCCAUUUUGAUGUGGUUGAUAGACGUCGCUGUCAAUAAUGCUGCUUUACUCGCUAGAUCAUACGGGGCAAACGUAGAUACUUUAGAAUUUCGUCGGUCUAUUGCAAGAACAUUACUCCUGAAAUAUGGGAAUAUAAGAUCUCAACCUGGGCCACGUCCGCAAGUGAGAACAAAUGUACCGGUUUCUGUUAGAAAACAUUCAGCUGAUCAUAUUAUUCUGACUGACCAGGUCAGAAAACGAUGUGCGUUAUGUAAAAAUAAAACAAUCAAAAUGUGUCGCAAAUGUAACGUCAAUUUGCAUGAUAAGUGUUUUGCAGAAUUUCAUUCCUAAUGUCCCCACCAUUUCUUUUUAUUAGUUAGUCAUGUGUUUUUAUAACUGUGUGUUUUAUUAUUUGUUCCUAAUAAAGACUGAUUAACAUUAUUAUAACGCAUUUUUAUUUGGUUGGUACUGAUUUCAUACUAUUGAACGAGUAUAUGUGCCCAUAGGGUCGUUUAUGACCCGCUGAAAAAAAUGAACUUCUCGAACUGAAAACGAAAAUCUACUAGUACUAGCCUUAUAUGUGAUCAUUCAUACAUAACAUACAUAAAUAUUAUAAAAAUCGGUGUUAAAAAAAGUUCUGAGCAUAUAUGGGUUAAA